CAUCUAUAACAGAAUUGCCCAGAAUCUCCCUUGCUAACACCUCUGGUAAAUGUAACCCAGCAGCAGCCCCACCACCCUUUUCUCUCUCUAACAACCGGCCUGCCUCUCCCACCUCUGUCUCCUCCCUCUUGCCUGGAUCCCCCUAGAGCUGAGUCAGGCGUUACCAGCAUUGCAGUACUCCACCACCCAGCACCAUCUCCACUCCGCAUCCUUCAGCACCAUGGCCAGCACCGUCUCAGCCUACAAAGAGAAGAUGAAGGAGCUCUCUAUGCUGUCCCUGAUCUGCUCUUGCUUUUACUCUCAGCCUCAUCCCAACACAAUCUAUGAAUAUGAAGACAUGGAGGUCAAGCAGCUGAACAAGAGGGCAUCAGGGCAGAGUUUUGAAGUGAUCCUUAAGUCUCCUUCAGAUCUGUCCCCAGACAGUCCUCCUGUCGCCACCUCUCCCAGGAAGAGGGACAUUUCUCUGGAAGAACUGCAGAAGAGGCUGGAGGCUGCUGAGGAGAGGAGGAAGUCCCAGGAAGCCCAAGUGCUGAAGCAGCUUGCUGAAAAGCGGGAACAUGAGAGGGAUGUACUGCACAGAGCAAUAGAAGAUAACAACAACUUUAGCCGAAUGGCUGAGGAAAAACUCAAUUACAAAAUGGAGCUGAGCAAGGAGAUCCGCGAUGCCCACAUGUCUGCUCUCAGGGAGCGUCUCCGUGAAAAGGAGCUGCAUGCAGCAGAGGUUCGCAGGAACAAGGAGCAGCGAGAAGAAAUGUCCGGUUAGAAGCCGCUGCUGUAAACUUCCAUGCUAACUCCUGAAGACAGCAAAUGAAACUAUUUUACGUACAUGUCAUCCUUCACAUUAUCUCACAACCCCUGUCUAUCUCCCAUGCCCCCCUUAUCUGUCACCUUUAUGACCCAACCAUCCUGGAGUAAUGAAAUCCAUAAGAUUAUACCAUAUGGAUCGCACGUCUGCAGAUUCUUCCAGAGAAGUAUGCCCCUUGCAUAUUUUAUUUUGAAACCAUAUAAAUUACAAUGGUCCGACCAUUUGGAGUCCAUUUACUGAUGUGGAAUGAGUACAUUUUGUUGCGCUUAGGUGUCGAUGAUGUUAUGGUGAUGGGAAGCCGUCCUAUACCUUAUAGUCCUGGAACACCCAUCUACUCAUGAUGGUUUAGGCCAUCACAUUUUAUUCAGAAACAUCCAUGCAAUUAAAGGAAAACUAUCAUCAUAGCACAUUUUAUCACAUGUUGUGUCAAAUGUGAUAUAAUUGAACAUUGCAAUUUAUUAAGUUAUAAAAACAUGCCUGGAUUUAA